AUGAAGGUGCGUGAUGCCGGACUCGAACGUUGCCGGACCGAUUUGCAUCUGACAUCGACUGGGAAAGCCCAUUACUACAAACCAGUGAACUCCUUUCCAUCACCAUCAUUCCAUCAGCGCGCGUUCGAUCCGCUGCCUGCUGGACUUUUGAAAGAGCACCUUAACCCUGCCCGACGCUUCGAAACGACAUCUGGCUCUUUUCAUAACAAAAAAGCGUCGAUUCCUGAACUUAGAAAUCCAAUCUACCAAAAAGCUCCCUCCUCAAGAAGAAUCCAGUACAUGUCAAAUACAUCAGACGUAUUGAAUCAGCAUCACACACGCACUUUCACGAUGGCUGACCGAACUUCAGAAAAUGCAGACAACUACCAAGCUCAUCCAGUUUCCAGAAAGCACAUCGUCAGCGGUAUCCCAAGGCACAAGUACUUGAAGGCAAAGAAAAACACAGAUCAAGGAUUUGUGUUUCCCUCUGCCGAUUACCAGUCGACAACUAUGAAGGACUUUAGACGAUACACAGCGUCUGAGCAAAAGAGCAACGGGUCUGGAAAAGAGAAUUUGACUUACUGGGAGGCAGAAGGAUUUCCGAAGGUCUGGGGCUACGGAUCUAACGAGAACCGAGCACUUGUCAAAGGAAGAGACUACAAACCUGGUGUAAAAAUGGAAGACGCAUUCAUGGGUGGGUGCAAAAUCAUCUCGAGAACAAUCGUGAGCCCAAAGCGAACUGUCCCAGUCAAAGUACCAAAUAGAGGUGACACCUCAACGUCAAAGGAAGACUACGUAAGACGCGUCAACCCUAAUGACCUUUUGCCUGCUUCACUUUUCUUCAGCGGUGGCAAGCGUCGACGCGGACACUUUUCUGACUUCGGCGGGUACACUGUUGAGUCAGACAGGAUCGGAAGCAUGACUAGCUAG